AUGUCAUUCUGUGGGAUUAGGCCUAUAUAUCGCCACGCCACAACACACCUCGCCACACACACCACACCUCGCCACACACCUCGCCACAACACACCACAACACACCUCGCCACAACACACCACACUUCGCCACAACACACCUCGCCACAACACACCUCGCCACGCCACAACACACCUCGCCACAACACACCACAACACACCUCGCCUCACCACAACACACUCGCCACACACCUCGCCUCGCCACACACCUCGCCACAACACACCUCGCCUCGCCACAACACACCACAACACACCUCGCCUCACCACAACACACCUCGCCACACACCUCGCCUCGCCACACACCUCGCCACAACACACCUCGCCCCGCCACAACACACCUCGCCACGCCACAACACACCUCGCCACAACACACCACACCUCGCCACAACACACCUCGCCACAACACACCUCGCCACAACACACCUCGCCACACCACACCUCGCCACACCACACCUCGCCUCAACACACCUCGGCACAACACACCUCGGCACAACACACCUCGGCACAACACACCUCGGCACAACACACCUCGCCACACCUCGCCUCAACACACCUCGGCACAUCACACCUCGCCACACCACACCUCGCCACACCACACCUCGCCACAACACACCUCGGCACAACACACCUCGGCACAACACACCUUGGCACAACACACCUCGCCACACCUCGCCUCAACACACCUCGGCACAUCACACCUCGCCACAACACACCUCGCCACAUCACACCUCGCCACAUCACACCUCGCCACACCUCACCACACCUUACCUCGCCAUACCACAUCACACCUCACCACAUCACUUCACAACACACCUCGCCACAUCACAACACACCUCGCCACACCACACCUCGCCACACCACACCUCGCCACAUCACACCUCGCCACAUCACAACACACCUCGCCACAUCACAACACACCUCGCCACACCACACCUCGCCACACCACACCUCGCCACACAUCACACCAUGUCUCAUCAAGGGCAAAGGUUAA